AUGGGAAACACGAGCGUUUUCCCUCGGCAGUGUGAAGGACAUCCCGUGAAGCGGUCGGCCGAUAACCCGAGUAGACACGUGUGCCACUGUUCCCGUCCCCAUUGCACAUUCACCACCAAAGUCGACACGGACCUGGUCAUCACCUGUCCGAUAAGUUCCUCAGAGGCUCACCCUAGACCAGCCGGCAGAACGAAGAUACGAACGAAGAUUCAGUGCCGCGACCGAACUGGAACUCCAGCCGUGAGCUCGGGACACCGACCAGGGGGACACCAACCACCGAGACACCGACCAGGGGGACACCAACAAUCAAAACUCCGAGUAGCAGAACGGGGCUCCUCCAAAUCGGAGCCGCACCCAGAAUGGAGGAAGUCGGGAUGUGACCGCUUCCUUCCACGGCGUGCACCGAGGAAGAGCGACCGGGGAAUCGAGGAUAUCCAAAACAGAGCAGAAAUUCCUCGAACCGACGAGAACAAGACUGAUGUGAUCAGCACCGACGUCAAGAGCAUUGUCCCAUCCUCGCCUGUACGUCAUGAUUCGUCCUUCAGCAACUACGUCGUGAUCGACACGAACGUGCUCUUCGACCGGAGGUUCAAGAUCGAAAAAUUCAUCGCCGAUUCCGACGCCUGCGUCGUGAUACCGUCGAUAGUCAUGAAGGAGCUCCGCGGCCUGCAGUCCUGCGCCCCCCACCCGUCGUCUCACCGCCGGAGGAAGUCCUGGAAGGAGCGCAGGGCCCGGAGGGCCCGGUGGGCCUACAAUAGCAUCAGGAGGCAUCUGAGCAAAGGGCAUCCGAGGGUUCUGGGCCUCGAGGGUGACUAUGGCGACUGGAUCGACUACUUCCAACCGGAGUCGAACGACGACGUCAUCCUGCAGAACUGCCUCGCCCUGAUGGAGGACUACCCGUCGUCGAAGGUCCAGCUCUUCACGCAGGACAAGAGGCUGCAAGACGACGCGUCGUCGUACGCGGUCCAGGUCAUUUCGCUGCCGCCGCUGGAAAUCGAGGAUAUCCGAAACAGAGCAGAAAUUCCUCGAACCGACGAGAACAACACUGAUGUGAUCAACACCGACGUGAGCAGCAUUGUCCCAUCCUGGUCUGCACGUUCUGUUCCCACCCCCCACCCGCGGAACGACAUUGGUUACGAAGGCGAGGACGGUGAUGGCGAGGACGACGGCUACGAAUACGAUGAAGCCGAGGACGACGAAGACGAAGGACCAUUCAAAGACAAAUUUGAUUCGUCGUGCCGCAACUACGUCGUGAUCGACACGAACGUGCUCCUCGACCGGAGGUUCAGGAUCGAGAAAUUCAUCGCCGAUUCCGACGCCUGCGUCGUGAUCCCGUCGAUAGUCCUGAGGGAGCUCCGCGGCCUGCAGUCCUGCUCCCCUCGCCCGUCGUCUCGUCGCCGGAGGAUGUCCAAUAAGGAGCGCAGGGCCCGGAAGGCACGGUGGGCUUACAAUAACAUCAGGAGGCAUCUGAGCAGCAGGCAUCCGAGGAUCCUGGACCUCGAGCGCAACUACGGCGACUGGAUCGACUACUUCCAACCGGCGUCGAACGACGAUAUCAUCCUGAAGAACUGCCUCGCCCUGAUGGAGGACCACCCGUCGGCGAAGAUCCAGCUCUUCACGCAGGACCGGAGGCUGCAGAGCGACGCGAUGCGGUACGGGGUCGAUGUCAUUUCGCUGCCGCCGCUGGUGCAUUAGGUUACCAACCGCCGAAGAUGCAAUCGACGAGUCGAUUCCAUCUGGUGACACAUUGUGAUGACCCCCGGCUUCUCCGGCAAAGACUUGGCCGAGGCGGAGCCCGUCCGAGGUUAAGCGGGACUCGCUCGAGCGAGGUAUCUUCGCCUUCAAGGUGGAAAGAGCAGAAGGUGGA